UCAAUUGCGCCUCGCACGUUGGCCAGGCAGCAGGUCCUUGCGGCAACAACCGACAUCGGCUAGAAUCGUUAACCGAAAAAACCGAGAAUAUCCUUCGUGGCCGGCUUGCGAACUACGCGUAGUAAGAACUGAACUGAACUGAAUUGAAGCACAACAGAACUCGCAACAUACGAAGACUUUGCCGGUUUCGAUUGUGUGUGGUGUUUUUGUGUUUUUUUUUUUUUUUGGCAGUGCUUUCUCGCAGUUGUUGUCGCUGGGGUAAGGAGGUCCUGUAUCCUAUAUACCAUAUCCUGCAGCCUGCUGUUCAAGUACAGUAUUCCCCCCGGGCGAACCGCGUGUUAUUUCCGCUUCCGUGUGCGUGCAAUUAGUGGGCGGCAUGGCGGCGCAAAGCCGCCGCUACAAAAAUCGCAGGCCCAAAUGCUCCAAGACAAUGUCAUUGGCGGCACUGAUUUUGGGUCUGAUGGGUCUAGCGUUGGUAACCCUGGCAGCCGGAAAUGACGCCAUUUCCGCGCCGAAAGCGGGAAAGGAUCUGCAACAGCAACGCCAUCAGCAGCCAUCGGAGAUUGAAGAUGAUGACGGAGCGCGACCGGACAAGGAUUUUGACUUUGCCGCCUAUGUGAAUGAUUUCAAUUUGCAAGAAGAGGCCUCCAUUCCGGAGGACAUAUUUGACCAGCACGACGGCGACAUUGGGGAUGAGGACAUCGAGUCGGCCCACAUUCAAUAUGCUCCAUCUGCUGCAGCUGCCACCGACGUGGAGGUGGAGACUGAGGAUGAUGUUGAUGAUGAUGAUGAUGUGAGGCUGUUGGAGGAGGACGACGAUGCAUCCGAUGCAGCUGAUAUCAUACUUGAAUCUCAAAGGCCCACUUCAAGGAAUUUCAGUGUUUACCUGGACGCUAAGAAAUACCAAAAUAGCAACAACAAGAAACGUUCCAAGGAGCAAAAGAAGAACAAUAUAAGCCACCACAACUACAAAUUGAAAAACAAUAAAGAGAACAAUCACCAUCGGCUAGCCAAGGAAGCUGCUGCCGGAAAAUCGGAAAUCGAAACGGUCCUUGGUGGCGGGACCAAAUUCACUUCCGGCGACGAGCAGCCACAGCUGGAGGAUCGGGAGCAAGUGGAGCAUGAGGAAAACGCCAACUUUGGCAGGCAAAGUUUUGCGUAUAAAAAAUUGAAGAACAUGCACGAACAGCAAAGUCAACAGGACAAAAAGCGGGGCGAUGAUGGCGACGAGGUGGAUUUACUAGACGGCGAAUAUCCGCCGUCCCAGCUGUUUGAUGCUAUUGAAAUAUUAAAUGAACGAAAAUUUAAUAAACCAUCUGCCCAAUCAACGGGCAAGUCUCGACCCCAGCUGCAGAAAAAGGAUAAAGACAAAGACCAAAUGAAGCAGGAGCAGGUGCAGGAGCAGGAGCAGCAUAAGUCCAGACAGGUGGACGAGGCCAUUGGCGAUAUCGAGGACAAUUUGGAUAAUGAUGAAAUAUUGCCCACUAACAACGGUGAGGACGAAGACGAUGGCGACGAUGCCGACAUCGACGACGACGAGGACAUUAAGUCGGCCAUUGACAAUGAUGAAUUGGCCAAAAAGUACCCAGUAGCCACAUCAACAACCACCAAGGUCCCAACCACUUUGGCUACAUCGAAAACCACCAGCCGGAGCAGCAGCAGCAGCACCACCACCACCACAAUGGCAACAUCCACAACAGCAACAUCACCAUCACCAUCGACAACAACAACGAAACCAAGAACACCAACACCAACAAUUGGCCGCAAGUUGAAGAGGAAUUUCUUUGGUCUGUCCCAGCCAGAAACCAGAUACUAUGGCAGCUAUGAUAUCGGCAGGAUUCGUGCCCAGACCCAGGAAGAUGAUACCACCGAGGAGAAGAAGGACGAGAAUGUGGGCGAGUUGCACUAUUACGACACCAGCGGCGGUAGCAGCUCCAGAAAGUUGGUCAGUUUUGAUCCGGAAAAAUCCGAGGAGAAUUACUUAAGCACCUACUAUCCGGGCAAAAUGAAUGCAACCGAAAAGAAACAGCAGCCGACACAGCAACAUGCAACACGUUACGUGGAUGACGACUAUGCCGAACAACAACCGCCGGUGGAAAAGUCUAAGUUGGAAAAUCCCUGGGAGAAAUCGGAGGAAAAGCCAGAGGAUGCCGGGCAACUAGAGGAUGGCAAAUUGGAAUCUGAUUUGGAAUCUGCAUUGCAGCAAUAUCACGAGGCCAGCACGACCACGCCCACUGUCACCGCCAGCCCCUCGUCGGCAUUUGAACGCUUCAAGGCGCUGCGAAGGAGUCGCCAGCGAACUGGGCACAAGAGUCACAAGAAGCGGUACAAGGACUAUCUGAAGAGGCAGCAUCCGAAGAUGGAGGUGACAUCUCCGCCAGAAAUCGCUCCAGCGGCCACCAUCUCAACCAGGCAUCUCCAAAAGCUGCAGAAGGAGCGGGAAAGAUCCACACACUCUGCACCGAUCUUUGCGAUCGGAUUGCGACCUCAACGACCUUUGGUGGCCACCGGGAAACCCUUCUACGAGGGUCAGGUGAACUACUACGACAAUCAGCAGCAGCUGGAUGUGGAUCUGAAGCAUCACACAGAAAUGGAGCGUUUGAUUGCCCAUGACAAUGGCAAUUGGUAUCGCCGUAUCAGUCCGGUUUUGCGAAAUGGCGUUAAAAGUGAUCCGCCGGUAAAGGAUCACCACCAUCAUCACCAUCAUAGUGGCCAACAUCUGGGCAAUCACCAUCAUCACAGCCACCAUCAUGGUUACAAUCACAAUGGGGCGCACAACCACCAUCAUCACAGUCACAGCCACCAGAAGUUAGGUCAUCUGAAAUCACGUCCUCGUAAUCCCUAUCAGCGGAAGACUUCUGUGGGAAUGGGUGCCCCCAGUGCCCCACCGCCACCGCCCACACCACCGUUGCCACCACCGAAAACUCAACUUGGUCAUCAAAUAACCGAACUGGAACAUCUCGAGAGAUACUAUGCCAAAUGGCCCCAUCUAGCCAGGGUGCAGUUCCAGGUCUACGACGAGCACUAUCGCGAAACGCAUCCCGAACUCUAUAGCGACUAUGAGGAUGACUAUGAGAGUGCUGCGGAACUGGAGGAGGCGCAACAGGAGCGUGGUGAAGAGGCCAAUCUGCCACCGUAUAUCAAGAAGUAUAAUCGGCGAAACAAGCAAUUACUCAAUCUACUGGAGGGCACGCUACCCACACCAACUCUGAGUCCUGGAAAUCCUCUGGGCAGCACCGAAACUGUGCGACUGGACGAUGAGUAUCUGAAGGAAAAGAGGCGACGUUACCACCAACAUCAGCGUUUCGAGGAUUUAUUUGCCCAGCAAAAGAGCAGAUAUAGUACAACACAAUCGACGCCCAAAGAGGAGGUUACCGUGGCCAAGGAGCAGCAGCCAUCAAUCGCAGUGACUACAACAACAUUGCCCAACAAUCAGUUGCCCGAGGAAGAUGCAACCGUUGUCUCUGGCGAGGAAACAGAUCCGGCACCCGAAACUCUGGACUUUUGGCAGCGGGAAAUGGCCAGUAAGGCGGGAAAGACGCGAAACAAUCAACCGGUAGGUUCAGCCUCAACAACUACGCCGAAACCAGCGCUCUUCAAGUUACCAUCGUAUCCAGCCAUCGCCGGCAGCUUUCUGGGCACACCGCGCAGUCGCAGCCGGAGUGCCCAGUUCGUGGCGAAUGUGGCGGGCAGGGGUCAAAGUAGUUGGCCACGUUUGGAGACGGGUAAUACCACGGAAAAGCCCGCUGGCGGAGGAACCACCGAAGUAGGAGCAGCCGGAACAGCCGGUCGAGGGACAGGUGGCGGAGGAGGUGGUGGAAGAGGAGAUCCAUCCCCACUGAACUCCUUUGUUUACCAUCGCGUGGUAGAUGGCAUUGGUGUGGGCGGAGCUGGUGGACCCGCCAUUUCCGGCUUCGUCGGCAGCAGUAGAGGUAAACAGUCGCGUCUGCCAUUCGUGGCCAUCACGGAUCGACGGCUGGAGAAAUCGCUGGCGGAGCGACACAAAGACUUUGAGCAGAAUCACUUUCCGAUGCCUUAAGCCGCGAAUUUGUGCAGCAAUGGAAAAGCUGGAAAAGCUGAAGAUUAAGAUGAAUGGUAAUGGAAAAUUUAACGAUGAGUUGGUAGCAACGAAUGGAAAGGGAAAUUAACGGCAAACUAAAAUACAAAACUAGAAUACAAAAACUCCUUAGGCAAAGAGCUUUUAAAUAAUUAAUAUCAGUAUAAAUCACAACUAGUUCUUUUUGAAUAUUUUCGGUCAAAUUGAGAAUUUAGCAAAUUGAAAGUAAAAAAUUAAGUUGAAAACUUCCGCGACUGAUAUUAUAAAAAUAAGGUUUUUGUUUCGUUUCAACCAAAAUAAAAGUAAAUUGAAUAGGAAAUCUCUUUCGAAUUUCAGUUUUCGAGCCACUAAUCAAGGCGUUCCUCCCCUUAAAUAAAAAUGCGAUUGAAAAAUGUAAAUUCCCCUUUCCAGACUUGUUACCAACUCAAAAUCUAAGCAUAAUUCUAGAACUAUAUUAUAGUCGCCGCUUUCGGAUGUAUUAUUUUUGGUGUUUUAUGUUUUACACGGGAAAGGCAGAAUCGAAUCAAAGGAUAUAUAGAGAUAAUUGUCGAAAACGAUUUUUUUUGUGUGGUGAAUAUAUAUAAAAAAAAAACAUUAAACGAUAAACGUUAGAAAAAGAAAACGAUUAAAUAAAGUAAAAAAAAAAAAUGUAAAACUAAAGUUAAGCGAAACCCCUUUUUUUCUGUAUAAAUAGCGAAAACACUUGUAGACAAACACGUACACAUACAUAAACACGAAUACACACACACACACAGACACACUCAAAGAGCUGUUAGAAAUCAAAAAGUGAUAACCGACAAAAAUAUAAUCAUUUUCACCUUAGUUUCGAUUGGAUAUUAUUUAGUUUUAGAAAGCAUUGCUUUUCGGUGUAAAGUAGCUGAAAAUUAGAAGAAAUUGUUAGCAAAGAGCCUCUUCAACAAGAUGAAAAGAUGAAAUAAUUAGAGAAUUCAGAAAACAAAAGUUGAAAAAAGUUAUUAUUAUAAAAAAUGUAUUACGAAUUCUCACAAGUUAUAAAUGUGUCCAAAAGUAUGCAACAAAAAUGGACAACGUAUUUAAAAUAAUAUAUAUGUAUCUGAAUUCAUGAUUUAACUUCUAUUCUUGCAUACUUUUUGAUACCUUUGUUAAACAUUUCGAAAUACUGGCCAUAUAGAAACAGAACAUGAAGCAUUUUAUGUUUCUUCCGAAAGAAGGAUAAAUGUAGGCCAGAAUGACAGCACUGAUCUCCACACACAAACACACUUAAUGCUUUCCUAUCGCCCUUGCACGCAAAAUCCAUCGAAAUAGGUUUCAAAAUUAAGAGAAAAAAAUGAAAGCGAAAUAAAGAAAAAUUCAAUUUGAGCAGAAAACAAAUAACAAUGUUGCACAAAACUACAAAUAGUUGAAGAAGAAAGAAAAAGUAUAACUACAUAUCAAGUUAAAGAAAAGACAGUUUUAGAUGUUAAAAUAUUUUUUUUUAAACGAUAAGUUUAAUGACAUUUUGUGAAUAUUUUAGUUCAUUUGAAAGUAUACUUUCAAUUAUUUUGUAUUUAAAAGUAUGGCAAAAUAUGAAAUUUAUUUAUGUUAAAUAUGUCAUAAUUUUAGCAGUCAGAAAAAACGAAUAGCUGCAACAGAAAAACAAGAAAUAAAUGUGCAAAAGGAAGAAGAUUGAAAACUCUGAAAGAUUUUGCCCAAAAAGAAGUCGAAAAGUUAAGAAAUUAAAUAUACUUUGUGUAGACAAAUUAAAGAAAGAAAACAACUAACAAAAAUGCAUUUCCACAGCUUCAGUCGAAUCACGAGUUUAUACACACGCACACUGACACAAAGUAUGUGAGCGGAAAUGAAAAUUUCAUAAGCAAGGCGGAUAAAGGAGCGGGCAAAAGAAAGUCGUGGAGAAAGUGGCGAAGAGAGUGCAAUGCGGUGUAAUUAACAUAUCAAAAGCGAAAUGUGAAGAGGAAAAAAUGGCAACAAAAAAAAAAAGCGCCAAGCAAUUAAAACUAAGCGCAGUGGCAAAAUUAUUCUUAAACUGGAUUCAUAAAAGUAAUUUUGUUCUGAUAAGAACAAAUCUUUUUGGCUCAACUUGAAACUUUCAACUUUAAACAAUUUGGUUUUAAGGGAAAGAAAGCGAAACACCGAUUUCGAUUUUCCGGAUUCGCAGAAUCGUACGCCGUUUGUUUGUUGUUGUGUAAUUUAAUUGGAAUUUGAGUUGAUAUAUAUAAAAAUAAAACAGGAAAAUGGGAGGCAGAGCGUAAAAACAUUCAAAGGUAUCAGCUUAUCAAAAAAAAAAAAAAAACAAAAAUAAAACAAAAAAGGAAAAACACAACACAGAGAACACACCAACAUAUACAUGUAUACACAUCUCAUUAUGUGGUAACAUUUUAAUGGAAUGAAAUUCAAUAAAGCAACAAUUUAUUAUUUACGCAU